GUUUGGAACUGGGUGGAAAUCCUAGAGAUGGAUCUCUUAGGAGACUGUCUUCCAGUUGGGUUAGAUACACAGGAGCAAUGGAUCGCCCCAGCUACCUGGAAGAGGACUAUUCUAGCCUGGAUGGGCUGGACGAUGACGUGUUUCACUCUGAUGACUUUGGACUUGCAGGUCAGCCUGGUGAAAUGACUGCAACUGGCAUUUUCACACAGAACCAGUCCUACAGCUGCCUUCUGGGGAGGUUUCAACUAUUCCCCCUCACACACUGCUGUGGUCCCGGUAUCAGGCAUCCUGAGCAGCAGGACAAGGCAACUCAAACACUCAGCCCGUCCUCUUCCAGUCAGGAUGUUAUGUUGCCUUGUGGAGUCACUGAAGAGCCCCGGAGACUCUUCUAUGGCCAUGCUGGUUACCGUUUACACGUCCCUCCAGUUGGCUUCGCGUUGGAUCCGCGCCUCCAAGAGGAGCCUCGGGAAGGUCAGCGGGAAGCGCGUGCUGAGGUGCAGAUCGCGCGGAAGCUACAGUGCAUCGCCGACCAGUUCCACCGGCUCCACAUACAGAGGCUUUUACUCGUCUUCUCCCUCCACUCUCCUCACCAGCAGAUCUUCUCUUUUGUGGCCCAAGUGGCCAUGGGUGGCUUAUAUCGGUUCCUCACCUUGGAGAUGACAACAAGCCUGGG